AUGCACUUCCCCCAGCUGGUCGCUAUGACCGCCACCCUGUUCGGCCAGGCCCUGGCCCAUCCCCCAUCGCGGAACGACAAUUUCGUCGCAGAGGUGCCGUCCACCCGGUCCUACUUCAUGAUCGGGGGAGGUUACGUUGACGAUGGAGCCGGCGGUCACAUUUUUCGCGAUCAGAUGUACGUCGAGAAAUUGGCCCCGGCCACAGGUGCUAGCCGAGACGCGCCUAUCGUCCUGAUCCACGGCCAGGCACAGACUGGAAGUAACUUCCUGAAUAAACCCGAUGGUGGCCGGGGCUGGGCAUCGCUGUUCAUCCAGCAAGGCUACGAGGUCUACAUUGUCGACCAGACCUUCCGGGGCCGCUCCGCCUGGAUGCCGGGGAACGGCGCUGCCAAGUCGUCGACCUACUCCGCCGAGACCAUCCAGCAGCGCUUUACCGCCGCCCAGGACUACCAUCUCUGGCCCCAGGCCGUCCGCCACACGCAGUGGCCCGGCACCGGCAAGAUGGGCGACUCGGUGUUUGACGCCUUUUACAGCGCCAACCUCCAGUUCAUCAACAACGCCACCUACCAGCAGGCAGCGGUCCAGGCAGCCGGCGCCGCGCUCCUCGGCAAGAUCGGCAGGCCUGUCGUCCUCGUCGGCCACAGCCAGGGCGGCCUCAUGCCCCUUCUCAUCGCCGACGCGAGGCCCGAGCUCACCAAGGCCCUCGUCCUCCUCGAGCCCACAGGGCCCCCUUUUCGCGACGCCAUCUUCAGCACCAGGGCCGCCCGACCCUGGGGCCUCACCGACAUCCCCAUGACCUUUGCCCCCGCCGUCGGCGACCCUGCCGUCCAUCUCGUCCAGCAGGUGUACCCUGCGAGGGGCAACGCCUCUGUCGAGUGCGUCCUGCAGGCCGAGCGGCCUGCGCCCCGCCAGCUCGCCAACCUCGCUGACAAGCCGAUCCUCGUCGUCACGGCCGAGGCCUCGUACCACAUGCCCUACGAUUACUGCACCGUCGACUUUCUCCGCCAGGCCGGCUGUUCCAGGACGAGGCACGUCGAGCUCGGCGACGAGGGCAUCCACGGCAACGGCCACAUGUUCUUCAUGGAGAAGAACAGUGAUGUCAUCCAGCGCUUGCUCGAGAAGUGGAUCUCCGCGCAGUAA